AUGUUGAGAAACCUAAAUAAAAUUUUGACUAGCUACACUAAAGUAUUGAAAUCUCAAAAAAGAAGUAAAUCCGGGGAUGUUCCUAUUUUUAUAAAUGGGAGAGAAAUAUGUGUCCCAAAGUAUUUCACAGUUAUGCAAGCUUUACGAAGAGAGGGAGUAUCUAUACCGUGUUUCUGUUAUCAUGAACGACUUACAAUUGCUGGAAACUGUCGAAUGUGUUUAAUUGAAGUAGAAGGUAUGAUGAAACCACAAAUAGCUUGUGCUCUCCCGGUAUACAAAAACAUUAAGGUUUGGACAAAUACAAAGAAAACUUUAACAGCCCAAGAAGCUGUGCUAGAGUUUAUUUUAGUUGACCAUCCACUGGAUUGUCCAAUAUGCGAUCAAGGCGGGGAGUGCGAUUUACAAGACCUAACAAUGAAAUUUGGAAAUGAUCGUACCAGGUUUACUGAUAUUCAUUUUCUAGGGAAACGCGCUGUAGAGGAUAAAAAUUUAGGUCCUCUUAUCCGCACAGAGAUGACUCGAUGUAUUCACUGUACGCGUUGUAUCAGAUUCGCAUCACAGAUUUGUGGUAUGGAUGUCUUAGGAACUUCGGGACGUGGUGGGGAAAUGCUAGUAGGGACGUACGUAGAUAAAAUGUUUCUUUCUGAGCUAUCUGGGAAUAUAAUAGAUCUGUGUCCUGUUGGAUCACUGACAGCUAUCCCGUAUAUGUUCAAAGCCAGACCCUGGGAGAUACGAAAAACUAAUUCUAUUGAUGUCACAGAUGCGACAGGAACUAACAUAGUAUUGGAUCACAGAUUCAAUAGAGUUCUUAGAGUUUUACCACGAGAAAAUGACGAAAUAAAUCAAGAAUGGUUAUCCGAUAAGGGCAGAUGGUCCAUUGAUUCCUUAGAAAUGCAGAGAUUAGUUUCACCAAUGUGUCGCAGUGAAAGCCGUUUAGUACCCGUUGAAUGGGACUGUGCAUUGAGAAUGGUAGCCACCACAAUAAAAAACGUAAGUCCUGGUAAAAUGAUAGCGGUAGCGGGACCUUAUUGCAACGUAGAAACAUUGGUAGCUGCAAAAGAUUUCUUUAAUAUUUUGGGUUGUGAUAAUACUUUUAUUGAAAGAAACCUUACACAUACCUGUGGAAAUAUAGAUCUAAGGACCAGUUAUUCAUUGAAUAUUAAAAUGAGUGAAAUAGCAAAAGCGGAUAAAAUUCUUUUAGUUGGUACUAAUCCACGCUUUGAAGCACCAAUAUUGAAUGCGUGGAUACGACUGGCAUAUACCCAUAAUGAGUGCGAUAUCUAUGUAGUUGGUCCCGAGUGUGAGUUUAAUUAUCACGUUAAUUAUGUUGGCCAUGAUUUAAGUGCAUUAUCAGGGCCUAAUGACUACUUCAAGGGUGCCAAAAACCCCCUUAUAUUCGUAGGAAUAGAUCAAUUGGAUACACCAAGUGGAGGCCAAAUAAUGAGUGCUAUUUAUAAUAUCGCGAGUGGUUUUAAAGUUGAUCCAGAAUGGGGGAUUGUAAAUAUUUUAACUCGCGAGGCAAGUUUUGCUGGGGCUUUGGAAGCUGGUUGGAAACCAGGAGCUCUAAGUGCCAUUCGAGCUAUUUGCCCAAAUUUAAUCAUUUCCUUGGGAGCCGACGACAUAUUUUACAAAUGUCAACCCUCGAAUGAUAUAGCAGUAAUUUACAUAGGCUUUCAAGGAGAUAAGGGUUCAGAAUGUGCAAAUAUUGUUUUACCAGGCUGUGCUUAUACUGAGUCUGGAGGUGUGUUUUUAAAUAUGGAAUGCCGUAGUCAAUUUGCACUACCUGCUAUAACGCCGCCUGGUAAAGCACGAUAUGAUUGGAAAAUAAUACGGGCGUUAGCAGAAUAUUCGGGGAUAAGCUUAUUUUACAGUGAUUCCGAUACAUUGUGCUGUAGAUUGGCACAAAUUAGUCCAAAUUUUGUGAAUUUUGAAAAUUACCAGCACAAGCUAUUUGGCGAAUUAAUUCCGUAUCUUAUUAAACCAGGUUCAGGAGGAGGCUGUAAUUUAAACGUUCCUAUGAAGGAACUAUCGGACUAUUACUGUUCAAAUGUUUAUACUUGUAAUUCUAAUACAAUGAGACGAGCCGAAAAAGCCGCGAAAGACCAUAAACAAUCUAAAUAUGCAGUUAUUUAA